UAUGUUAUAGAUUUGGUUAUUACUUCAAGUUUGUCGCUUGGGCCACACGUUGCGAUGAUGGGUUAUCUUAUUUAUUGCUAUUAUCUGUUGUUUGCAAUUGCCUUCGUAUUUCAAGGCAAAUUUGCAUCUAGCGGUAAUGUUGGGAUUCCGUCCGACCACGGGUUGAGACUAGCAGUGGGUAAUGCAUCAUCAACGACUACACCCAUGGCGCUGGAAUGCCCGAAGGUUUACGGAUGGAAAGAAGUUGGAGAUUUCUGUUACAAGCGGGAACGUAUGUACGGUGACAACAAACUAACAUGGUUCGAGGCUCGAGACUUCUGCCGGGCGAUAGGGGGCGAUCUUGCCAGCUUUCACAGCAUUGAACAGUUUGGAAACGGCACUGACGUCACAUCGUAUACAAAUAGCUACGACUUAUAUUGGAUCGGAUUGUCGAUGCCAGACCAAAGUGGUCGCUAUGCUUGGUCGGACAAUUCGAUAGUGGACUUUACUAACUGGGGAAAAGGGGAACCAAAUGACGUCAACGGGCAGGAAAAGUGCGUUUUAUUUAACCGCCACGGCGGAAAGUGGAAUGACGCCAAUUGCUACUCAAGGAGAAGCGUUUUGUGUCAACUGAAGAAAGGCGAUCCCCUGUUGUCAACUGCACGCACAGUGUCACCUACACCAAAUCCACACUGUGAUCCAACCUGGCACUCCUAUGGAGAGUACUGCUAUUUCCUCAGCCCCAAAUACGGCGUGGAUGCCACGAAGUCUUGGUACGAGGCCAGAGAGUACUGUAUGCAGAACGCGGGGGACCUGGUCAGCAUACAUAACACUAAUGAGAGCAACUUUUUAGUGCAGCAGAUUGGAAAGACCAGUGUCUACAAAUACUGGAUAGGCUUAAACGAACUGGACUUGGAAAGCUACAAAUGGUCAGAUGGAACUGUCACUGAUUUCAUAGCAUGGGGACCUGAUGAACCCAACGACUACAACGGAGGCCAGAAAUGUGUCGACAUCGUCACUGACUCAGGACAUUGGAAUGACGACAACUGUGGCGAACGGGUAAAUUUCAUCUGCAAAAAGCAUCGGGACAGCAGGACAACGGUGACUCCGUCCCCAACACCGACCAUUCAAGGCGGAUGUCCACCCGGAUUCCAGGGAGUAGGAAACAGAUGUUAUAAAGCAUUUGGUGAUAGAUCAGAUCCAAGAAGCUUGAAGAAUUGGACAGAAGCAGUUGAUGAGUGUUCUGCGCUGAACAAAAAGUACACACUUGCCAGUAUUACCAACCAUAUCGAAGAAGCAUUUGUGACGACACUCAUGACGGGGAAAACUGUCAACUUUUGGAUCGGUCUCAACAAAAUCUUACGGCAUUUUCAGUGGGUGGACAACUCGCACGUGGACUUCGUAUCUUGGGACCACGGGGAACCAAAUGGGGCCUCUAGCGGAGACGAUAAGGCGGACUGCACCAGCGUUGUUUCAAGUGGAACAGGUGCUGGGAGAUGGCGCGAUGAGAAAUGCAAGCUACGAAUGGGUUACAUCUGCCAGACUUGGAGAGAUUCGUCCCUCUCCACCCAAACUACGACACAAACAACUUCCUCGUGCCCCAGUGGCUAUGAAUCGUUCAGAGACGCCUGCUACCAGAUAACUACGGUUUCCACGUGGGAAGAAGCAAAACAGUAUUGUGAGAGACAGCAAGACACGCUGGUGUCGAUACUUGAUAGUUUUGAACAGGCUUUUGUUACACUCAAAGCCCACAGGGAAACACCUUGGCCGCUAUGGCUUGGGCUCUACAGAAAACAGCUUACAUAUAAAUGGGUAGACGGUUGGCCCGUGGAUUUUGCCCUAUGGGCGCGUGGGGAACCCUUACGAGCAGGCACGGAGGGGUGUGUCGCCCUCUUGCCGAACGGCCGCUGGUAUGAUUUUACAUGCAAUACUACAUUCAGAGGAAUGUGCAAGAAAACAUCAGCCGUACCGCCUACCACGCUAGCCGAUCCCCCAGGAAAGUGCCCGGAUGAGACAUCAUGGUUCCCGUUUGGCUCCAACUGCUACCUCUUAAAGGAGGCUUAUGUCAGUUGGCCAGACGCAAACUUUGAAUGCUACAAGAGAGGGGCUACUCUGGCAGCUAUCACCAGCCAAGAGGAGAACGACUUUCUUGUGAAAACACUACGGCAAGAGCGCAUACAAGAAAGAAACUUGUGGAUUGGUUUGGUGCGGAAAUUAGGAGAUUCAUUUGGCUGGUAUGAUAACACCGUUGUGAACUACAUGAACUGGGACUCCGGUGAACCGGCCAUGGAGAAUUACAAGGAGUGCACUUCGUUUCACCCUGGGAACGGGGGUUGGUCUACCUCAAGGUGUUCUUAUAUAAAAGGGUAUAUAUGUAAAGUGGCCAAAGUGCCUUACACCACAACGUCCGCACUUCCGACAUUGUGGCCUCGACUAAUGUCAUCAACAACAGCAAGUUCUACAACAUCUACGGCAGCACGUUCUACACGGUCCAAGGGCAGAGGAACCCCACGCCCUAUACCAAUUAGAGGGUCAUAUGCUAGCGAUCAAACUUCAGAUAAUGGACUGAUAGCCGGGUAUAUUGGAGGGUUGGUCGUCAUGGGACUCAUCAUUGGAAUUCUAAUCGGCCUCAUUGGAGUUCUGGCAUACAUGCAACGUCGGGGCACCACUGAGGCCAUGAUAUUCUUCAAACCUAAGGAGGACACUGUUUGUCUGGGCGACCCAGAAGACGCAAACAAGGAACAGAGUGUGUAGACAGAAACAAGACUCAUCUUUACUUUUUGUGAUACUAUAUAUUUAUUGUUGUAUAAUAUGCUCGUGUAAUGCAUGUAUAUUUUACUAUUCUCUUCCAUGUACCAGGUGUUUCGGUCAUUUCUUCACGUUUAUGUACAGUAAUUUGCCUGAAAAACAGUAUCUAUGGUACACAGAAUACAGUUCAGUUGCAUAUGAUCAAAGAUUUUAUUUUCAAAUUCGCAUCUUCAUACCAUUAUCUGACUGAAAGCAGUUCAGAUCCCUGAUGGUUAGUAUGUAUAUAUUGAAUGUAAUAAGGGCCGUUAGUUUUAUAUUUGUAUCCAUCUUGACGUCAGUAACGUUAAUAGUAUGCUUCUGUUCAUAAUUAGUCUAGUAAUGUCUCAAAAAAA